AUGCAAAGAUUUCCUACCAUAUUAGCUCAAGUACAACAAAAUAGGAAAAGAUUAGUUCCUAUCAUUGAAUGUGUUUUGUUGUGUGGAAAGGAAGAAAUUCCUCUACGCAGCCAUCGAUACUUUGGGAAAAUAGUGAUUGAUGAUAUGAACUCUAGGGAGGGUAAAUUUCGUGCUAUUUUAAAGUAUAAAGCGAAAGGAGAUGAACAUUUAAGAAACAUGUUAGAAGAUGGUGGUAAAAGAAAUAAAUAUACCAGUCCUAUAAUCCAAAAUCAAAUAAUUGAGACUUGUAAUAAAAUUAUACUUAAAAAGAUAGUUGAUAGAGUAAAUUCAUCUAAAUGUUUCUCUAUAUUGGCCGACGAAACUACAGAUGUAGCUACUAAUGAACAACUAUCUUUAAGUGCACGUUAUGUGGAUGAUAAUGAUAUUUUGCACGAAGAUUUUCUUAAAUUUUUUGAAAUCAAUAGUUUGACUGGAUCAAAUUUAGCUUCGUCUAUAUUGAAUGGUUUAAAUAGCUGUGGUAUUGAGUGUGACUACUUGUAUCGCCAAGGCUACGAUGGAGCCAGUAAUAUGGCAGGGAAAUUUAAUGGGGUCCAAGCUGUGAUUAGAGCUACACAUCCUAAAGCACUAUAUUUUUUUGCCUUUGGAUUGCCUGUGUGUAAACAACUACAGAAAGAACGGAUAGAUUUAAAAACUACUUUAAGUACUAUUGAAUUAUUAGUUAAUACUUUAAAAGAAAUGAGACAGGAUGCAGAAAAAGAAAUUCAUAUUUUAUAUGAGAAACUAAAAGUAUGUGAUUUGAGUUUGAAUGAUGCAGAAAAAAUAUCAUUUGAGAAUUUGGUUGAGUUUUAUUUACCACCAGUUGAACAUGAUAAUGCUUAUGUCGAAAUUAAAAUAUGGAAAUUAAAAAUAACAAGUCAAGAUGUAGACAUCAAAAGUGGGUUAGAAGCACAUUUGAGCUGCCCAAAGAUUGACUUUCCAAAUAUACAUUUUUUAAUUAAAUUGUUUUGCACAUUACCGGUAUCAACAGCAACACCUAAAAGAUCUUUUUCAACCUUGAAAAGGUUGAAAACAUAUCUAAGAUCCACAAUGAACGAAACGAGGCUAAAUGGACUAGCUAUGAUGUCUAUUCAUGGGGACAUACAUCUAGAUGUUGAUGAAAUAAUUAAUGAAAUGGCAUUAAGUCCUUGCAAAUUGGAUUUUGUAAUAUAA